AUGGAGUAUGGCGGUGAUCAUGACACUAGUUUGGGAUAUGGCGGUGAUCAGGAUGCUGGUAUGGGGUAUGGUGGUGAUCAGAAUGCUGGUAUGGCGUAUGGCGGUGAUCAGAACGUUGGUAUGGGGUAUGGCGGUGAUCAGGAUGCUGGUAUGGCAUAUGGGGUGAUCAGGAUGCUGGUAUGGGGGUAUAGCGAUCAGGAUGUGAUCAGGGUAUAGCGGUGGUUUGCUGGUUGGCAUAUGGCAGUGAUCAGGGCAUUGGUUUGGAGUAUGGAGGUGAUCAGAACACUUGUAUGG